GCGUAAAGUCUCCGCUGGCAGGUUUGGUCCGAGCGGACACCGACACCAACACCAACACAGUCUGAAGUGUCAGAUAGUCUUGUUAACACGUGAGAUAUUCAGUGUAUGGAAGAGAGUGAAAGGAAUGGAAACCGAGAGACAGAGGGCUGCAAAGUAACACGGAAGAUACGUUUUGAGAGGGAGAGAGAGAAAGAGAGAGAGAGAGCUCGACUUGGAGGAAACUGCGGAGGACCUAAUGAGGGAAUGCCGAUAAGGAGAGCAGACAUACGGGCAGAGCACCAGACAUGAGUCCGAGAAUUCUGUUGUUGCAGGUGGCGGACUGAAGACGAUGCUGGAUGCCAUGGAAGUUUCAAGUCAUGCUAGGGAUCUCCUCCUGCAGCUCAACAGCCAACGAACCAAAGGCUUCCUGUGUGAUGUCAUCAUUGUGGUGCAGAACGCCCUCUUCAGAGCUCACAAGAACAUUCUGGCUGCCAGCAGCCUCUACUUGAAAUCUUUGGUGGUCCAUGACAAUCUCAUCAACCUCGACCACGAGAUGGUGAGUCCAGGGGUCUUCAGGGUCAUUCUGGACUACAUCUACACAGGCCGUCUUAGUGAGGGAGACCCCACUUCUCCCACUGAACCCAAUCUAGGGGCUGUCUUGGCAGCAGCCAGCUACCUUCAGCUGCUUGACUUAGUGGCUUUGUGCAAAAAGAAGCUGAAAAGAAAUGGCAAGUACCCUCCCAGGCCAGGUCCUGCAUUUCUGCCCUACCCAAAGAUGGGGCCCAAUAAUAUGGGUUUAGGAAGUGGUGGCAGGUAUAGGAUUUCUACUCCUGUCAUUCAGUCCUGCCCACCAGGAGGAAUUUUAAAUAACAAUGCAACUCGAGCAUCACCACUAGAGGAGCUAGUUCCCCAUCGGCUAGCCGUUCACGCUGCGGAACUGUACGCUCCCACCUCCAUCCAGGGCUCUCAGGUGUUCCCGUCCCUGCAGUCAGCUCUGCCUGCCCAUAUUGGGCGCUCAGCCCACCCUGAGAGGAACUGUUCCCCCAGCUAUGGCCUCGAUCUCUCCAAGAAAAGCCCCAACUCCCAGUCUCAGCACACGCCGUCUCAAUCCCAUCUGGCGAACACUCACAACGAUGAGGAGCGAGAUGGGACUCUGAGCGGACGCACUAGUCCCACGCAGGGGACAAAUGGAAGGGCCUUUCCCUCGGAAAAAAUGGAGUCGACUGACCAGACAAGCUCCCUCACUCCCCCACCAUUCCUCCAUCUCAAUCAGCCUCUUGGCCCACACCUCCCCCACCUGCACCGCUCAGGCUCCCAGGGAAGAGAUCGCUACCCAUGCCCCCCCAGCCCUGACACCCCCACAGAUGGUGGAGAGGCAGGCAGAGAUAUGGGAAACAUCUACCGCUGGGUGAAACACGAGCCACUGUCAUACACAGCUGAAGAUGAAGAUGAGGAUGAGGAUGAGGAAGAAGCGGGGGAAAAUGGAGAACAGCAUCACAACAACCACAAGGCCGGGGAGGAGAGUGAAGGGGUCGACGACAAGAGCGGGUCAGGCACAGAGGAGACGGGCAGUAGUGAAGGCCGCCCGUCCCCAUCUGGACCAAUGGGGAGGUUCCACAUGCCGUAUGAGCCAGAGAGCUUUGGGGACAAUCUGUAUGUCUGCAUUCCCUGUGACAAAGGCUUUCCGAGCUCAGAGCAACUCAAUGCACAUGUGGAGACACACACGGAAGAAGAGCUGUACGGCAACUCUGGUGGGGAGAUGGGAAACAGCAAUAACGGCAGCACCAAAAACAUGAGCAGCAAUACAAACGGUUAUGGGAGCCUGAACAGCUGCAACAGUUUGAACAGUCUGUCCCACCUGGAGACCAAGUCCAGUCAGAGUUCGGGGGGAAUCGGGGAGAUGAUCCGACCCUACCGCUGUUCCUCCUGUGAGAAGUCCUACAAAGAUCCUGCCACUUUGCGCCAGCAUGAGAAGACCCACUGGCUGACCCGGCCUUACCCCUGCAGCAUCUGUGGCAAGAAGUUCACGCAGCGGGGCACCAUGACGCGCCACAUGCGUAGCCACCUGGGCCUUAAACCUUUUGCCUGCGACUCCUGCGGCAUGCGCUUCACCCGCCAGUAUCGCCUAACCGAGCACAUGCGCAUCCACUCAGGGGAGAAGCCCUACGAAUGUCAGGUGUGCGGCGGGAAGUUCGCUCAGCAGCGCAACCUCAUCAGCCACAUGAAGAUGCACAGCAGUGGAGGGACUGCAGGGGGCCUGACCGCAGAUGGGAAACUGAAGCUGGACUUUGCGGAGGGCAUCUAUCCUCUGAGUAAAUAUGCAGCAGAGCAUUUGGGGCUGAAGCAGGAGAAGGCCAAUGAGCUUCUCAUCCAAGCCCAGCAGCAACUGGUAGCUGAUGCAAAGGUCAUGGAAAGCCUCUACCCGCUGUCCAAACUGGCCUCAGAGCACCUGGGCCUCGCCCACGACAAGAUGGAUGUCCUGGGUCAACCCCUCGCACCUCCUUCACAGGCCCUCUCUGAAGCCCGCAUUGACCGCUACUCACCCAGCUAAGGCCACAUGACCUGUACAAAUGGCAGUCAACAAUAGAUCUGUGCACACAUAACUUGCAGUAUUCUAAAGCCAUUCACCUCAACGCAAUAUCUCCUCUGCACCUCAGACACAGGCCAGGAGGAAUUGGUCUGCUCAUGCACACCAAAAGGUGUAGACUCUAAGUGCCUUUCUUUGCAUCUAAUGUAUCUUAAAGUCCUCCUUCAUAAAGGAGCUCUGUGCUAUUCCGUGACCAAGAGACACUUACUCAAAGAAGUCCAGUAUUUAUGUACAGUGUAUGCAAACAAAAAAGAAAUAACAGCCAUUGAGCCAAAGUGACAAAUUGAAACCAAAAUUGAAAUUGUUUUAUUUAUUUUUGUAUUUUGGUGAAAUCCAAAGAGAAACUGUUGCAAGGAAAUGUUGCAAUCUGACCCUAAGUACCAACAGUGUACAAAAGAAAUGAAAAAAGCACAUAAAAAGGACAAGAUUCAGGGUUUGAGUCCAGACCUGAGCGGAACUUUUACCAAAUGAAUAAGCCAACUCUUCUGGACUUUAAAGUAAUGGGAGGACGUAUUCUUUUUUUCUUCUUCUGUUUUUGGGGUACAGGAUCAUUUAUGUAUCCCAGUUUCUCAGAAUCAUGUUCCUGCUUCCCAGAUUGCAAGGGAAUGACUGCAUCUCGGUAAAGUCUCCUCUGUUUUAUUUUCUCCACAUUUUUAAAAGUAACCCACUACCCCACAUAUCUGUGCGGAUAAAGACUCAUGCUAUGUGACAGUAAUGGUAGCUUAAUCAGCCUUCCACGCAGCGUGUAACCCUUCUUGACCUAAAACUUCCUUUGCAUUUUGACUAACAUCCCUUAGCUUUCAGUUGUUAUUGAGAUGCAAUGAGCAAAGCCCUGUGUGAUCUCAUAACUGGGACACGAUUGCACAUACCCAACUGAUGACACACUAAUCCCUGUUCAUGAGCGUACCUUCAUCUCACGGCGCAGACGAAGCAUGGGUGUUGCCUCUGACAUUGUGUAAUAUUUACAAUUAUGGAUGCAGCCGAGCGGUGAGGCAGGGACGAGGUCAGAAUGAAUGACACAGAAAUCUGUCAUUUGCUUUCAACAGCAAUUAGUCUAUUCGCAGCAGCCUGAUGAUUAAUCGCGUAGCGACGGUAGUCAGAUGUCACGUUGCCGCAGCUCCGCUGUCCCACCUCUCAUUUGACCGCCCUCCCCUGCAGAUGGUUGUCUGGGAGCCCUGCUACUGUUGACAGGCCAAAGUGAGUGCUGUACUCAGCCCUUUGCCUUAAAAGCGCUUCACUCCACUCACCCUGCACACAUAUAUAUACACCCCCGCCCCUCCACACACACAUAGCGAGCUGCUAAUCUGUCCGUGAUAUGAACAUAAGAAGGGGUUUUGUGGGUCUUCCCCGAAGCCAGCGGGUGAACAGCACACCCCAGCUGCUGUGCCUCAGUAAUCCCUGUGAAAUCUCACUUUCUCCUGGACAAUUCCCACUGCUCGCCGGCAUGAUGUCCCAUUUCAUGCCUGCCAUCUUACCCCUCUGAUCCACUUAUUAACAUCAUAUCCGAGCCGAGCGAAUGUCUCCCUGCCCAGCCUCCCUUUCCCGCUUGUAUCCAACGUGAAAACAAAGAAUGACAUAUUUCUGUGUUGGCUGACCUGAAGUUCCUCCAGCUUGAAAACAAAAAGAGUACUUAAAGGUUGUGGGUUGACGGCACAUUUUUGUCUUUAAAAUGUUUAUUCCAAAGAACAUGCUGGCCUUUGGUUUUAUUUUACCACUUUUACUGGUCCUUGACUCAGAUUAGAAAUGUCUGACCACUAUAGUGCCAAUGCCAACCUCAGUGGGUGAAUGUGAAGACUAAAGCCAUAAAUACACUGUGAUAGAGGUAGUGAAUCCUAAAGGCUUAAAAAAAACAAAAAAAACAGAGACAAUGUGCCUGACUUUUGGGAUUGUUAUUCUUUAAAUGUCACAAUAAUUUAAGCGCUUCUUCUCUGUAGCAUAUGAUCAUAUCAAACAUGUUGUUUUCUGUCACUUUUUAAAAAAACUCUUUUUUUUUUUAUUUGAACUGCGCACGAGAAACUGGUGCUUACCUCAGGACUGAACCCAGCAUGGGGACGCUAAGCUUUACUAUCCUUCCAAUUACAUUGUCAACACACACACUUACACAGACACCCAUGCACACACCACACACACACACACACACACACACCACACACACACACACACACACACACACACACACACACACACACACACACACACACACACACACACACACACACACCACACACACACACACACAUUUUUUAAUUUUCUUAUCAACAGGGCAGUUGUCCUGUGUUAAACCUGUGGUUAUUUCUGUGUUUAUACAUUCUUGUUUUAUGGUGAAGAGAUAACAUGUGAUAUUAACAUUUUCUUUGUUUUGAUUUUUUUUUUUACUAUGCGGUAUACAUUUUCUAUUGUGUUGUCCUCAAAGAGGCUUGUGCUGGUAUGACCAAUUCCAUUGUUAGAACACAAGGCAAAGUCAUUUUGGUCGUAUCUUAACUGGCUGUUUGUGAAUUUCUGAACCACACUUUAGCGAGCAUGAUGGAUUUGAUCUUUGGUUUUAACCACACAGAAUAUUCUCAGUAUUUCCCUAAAUGAACAGUGGCUUUACAGGGCGAGUAUGAAAAGUAGCCUCAUAUUUCUCCGGAGGUUAGUGAACUUUCAAUGACGAGAGCCAGACUGAGGCUGUAUCCAUGCACACAAACACACAGGAAGCCAGCUCGUUUUGGAUGAUGCUUCAUGUUUUGGGACUCUUUUGUCAAGCUCUGUAACAAAAAAAAGAAAUGAGAGGCUAAAUUAAAUGUUAUUUUUGUUCACAAGCAAGUGCAUACGUGAUGAAAAUGUUCAGUAGGCGGAUGUCAGUCGUGGGACUUUCAGUCCCCUCACUCUUUCUCAUUCACUCGUUGAAUGAAAAUCAGUCUCCUCCUUUUCCCUGCUUCACCCCAUUAAAAUAACACAAAGUGUUUCCACUGUCACUCCAAAUCUGUGCAGGAGGGAAGAGCAAGAUAAUGGCUGAACAUUUCUGUAGGGUGUGCACAGUUUAAAAUUUGCUUAAAAGCAUUAAUGUGUAUGACAGACAGACAGAGGGGGAGGAGGGUUGUGUGACUAUGGAAAAGGGAAGCGUUUGCUUGUCUGUUUGUAUGUCCCCAUGCCAUUCGGGCGUAUGAAGGGCCGUUAAUGCAUGUCCUGGGAAUAGGGUCGGUGUGAAGGAGAAGAGCUGAGGAGCAGGAAGUGAACUUUUGGCUGGUGCGUUGUGUUGAGCAGGAUGUGCCGUGUGUUUCUGCUCAGAGGCAGAUAGAGAGAGACGGAGAAUGGGGAGGGAGAGGAGCAGGGAGAGCGCAGCAGGGUGGACGCGAGCCAUUGUCUCAGUAUGAAAGCCCGUUCGUACUUCUAAAACUCUCCAUUCAGAAAACAAGGCGACUGUAUCUUCUCCUUUCCUUCCCCUUUUUUUGCUCUUAGACCUCUGCCCGAAACACGGUGAUGCGACAUCAUGGAAGCCAUUCAGACAUUUUGUUACAAUUUGGGGAGGUUUCUUUUUUUAAAUUGAGGCAGCGUGGAUCAAUAUGAAGGGCCUUGAAACUGUAAUGUAAUCCAUAAUUUAGAAAAUGGCGGUAUUUUUAUUGCUCUGUGGUUGAUUCAAUUAGUAAAAUUACAAGAGUCUUGUUUUAAUUUGCUGGUGUAGCCACUUGCCCCAUGGGGUUUAAUGCCAUAUGCCUUUGUUCAUGUUAUUUACACACCAGCCCAGAAAACCUCUCAUUGGCCCCAAAGUGGUUUUGAUGAAUAUGUCUAGAAAUUUUUAAAUUUCAACAAUUUAUUAGUCACAUAAAUGGACAUAAAGUGAACGAACGCAAUUAUAAAUGAGUGCAGUGCGACAAACCACCAACUAUGAGAUGUGCGUUGAUCAUUUUAUUUGAUAUAUGAUUUUUAGGCCACUUCAUUCCUUUCUAAUGUUGUUAUGGCAACCAUCCCAGGCCCGUAACUUUUGCAACACUAACAGUAUAGAAGUAAAAAAAAUGUCUGGAUGAGUUCCAGUGGCCCCGUGUAGACCAAAAAAGGGUUUAGGUUUAAUGUUGAAAAAUGUAAAGCAUGCCUUAAAUCUCUCUACCAGCAGCAGCGGGCCGAGGUCACCUAUGUGACUCGGACAGGCCGAAUAGUCCUGAUCUGCAAUCAUUCCGCCGUCGGACAUUUAUUGGAUUUCCCGAUGGGUGCCAAAAAGACUCAAGCACUUAGCAGAUAUCACAGACGCUCAAAACUCAAUCUUAGUUGUUUUGUAGUUUGUCGAGCUAAGCUUCUGAUCAACUUUGACUUUGCCUUAAAAAGCCAUAAUCUAUGAGUGGCUAAUCUUGAGAGCACAGCGUAGACAUGCCACUAUUGUCCAGUGUACAUAUUAUUAUUUUUUUUUUAUGAGGACUCCUGUUCAAAUAUCAGCUAGAGCCAAAUAAUAUCAAUAAUCAAAGAUUUUUUGGCGUUGAAACCAAAAAACAGCCCCUUAAGUCAACCAAUACAAAUGUGUCUUCCAUAUAACAAUUAUCGAUGAUUCUGCAACAACUUGUAUGCAUGCGUGUGUGCCUGUGAGUGUGUAGUUGUCGGGAUGUGUCCACGUAGUGCACCUGUCCGUCCACAAGUCGGAACGCCUUUCCCACAGUGUAGCGGGGUGAAGUACAAGAGAGAGAUUCGACACUUUCAAGAGUCUUUAUUACAAGCAGCUGCUUUAGAUUUAUUUCCCCGAACUGCACUUUUCUGGAAAGAUCAUUGCAUUGUGAUUUUGUUUUUUUUAUUACGCUUACGAUUCCCUAGAAGUCCCACAAUUGCCUUUCCUCUGGCACUUUGCUGUCCUCCUCUUCCUCUCUUCUUACACUCAACACAAACGGCUGACCCACAGCGCCCGCUGCCUCCCUCCUCUCCCCUCAUCCACUUACUUCCAGCUGUUUUUCAUGCUGAAGAAGACAGUUGUCUAAAUGUUUAUGUGUAGAGCUACUUUCUUUUUCUUUAAACCCUGAUCAAUUUCCAAAAUGAACUUUGUGGCAUGUGUUAAAAUACAGCAGAUGACGGGCCAAAUAUAUAUAUAUAUAUAUAUAUAUAUAUAUAUAUAUAUUUAUAUAUAAACAGGCUGAUGUCGUUAUUGUAUUGUGAUCCUCAAGCCAAGAAAUAGCUAACAAAGGGAGAUGAAAGACAGCAUAUCGUUGUAGAGGAAUGCAGAAUAAUGUGAGGGGAAAUGUGUUGGGGGGGGGGGGGAAUAUGCUCAGAAAGAUGCCAGUAAAGUAAACAUGUAUGAAAUUGCACAAAUGAGCCGGGCCUUGGCCGCCCGCACCAGCCAAGUUAUGGACUGAGAUGGAGAGAACGAGUAAGGGAGACGAGAUGAGAGGGUGAAAAAAAACAGAACCAAAGAGAAAAGUAGCCUGUCCUUGAUAGUCAAAUAAAGAAAAACGGGUUGCCUUGUGAGUCUUUUCACCUCUCCCCCCCCCCCCCCCCCAUUCUGCAAUUUACUCUAUUUCAUUUCCCUCUUGUAGGAAAUGAUCCUGUGAGGAAAUUAAGUUUUUCCUUUUAAUUGUUUGCUGCAGGUCUUUUUUUUUAUGUUAAUGUUCAUGUCAGCGUGCCCUCAGAGAUGUCAUGCUUUUCCCAGACCUAACAAUUAUUGCCCCAUCAGCCACGACCCACAGUAGGCUCUUUGUAGUUUAAUAGGAGAGGGCGGGGGUUCUGGCUGCAUGUGUCUUCUUCCAUCUGUUUAUCUUGGACCUCUGUUUCUGUCUCUACCUUAAACGAAUACAAGACAGACUAAGAGGCCUUUGGCUUGAAUCUUUUAGUUUACAGUGUACAACUUCUGCUCCAGAAAUAUAAAGUCAAAGACAAACAGAGAGCGAGGACACAACACGCAGGAAUUUGAAAGAGCGAAAGUUGGUCACAGAGAACAUUUGAUUGUAUAUUGCACGCACGCACGCACGCACGCACGCACGCACGCACGCACGCACGCACGCACAGCUGGAAGGCAGACUGCUGCUCCAGAUUAGGUCAGAUUAAAUUAGGUUUCCUUGCUCCGUUUGGAGUGUCGCUUCUUAUUGAAAAAGCCAUUAUUAAAGAAAAGGUGAUUCCACUGACGGCUUCCACCCAACACACUAAACCUGUGCCAACAUAUUACAGAGCCCCAGGGUCCACACACACACACACACACACACUUACACACACACACACACAUCCACAUCCAGUCUGGUUUUGUAAAAAGUGUAGAGAUGAUGGAUUAUGAUCUAAUAAAGAAGUUUUGAGGUGGUUGUACCCGACUGGCUGUGGUUCGCGGAUAAGAAAGUUCAGCAGUAACACAGACUGCCACGCAGACGCUAGUAGCUGCGGAUAGAUGGAAAAAUAUAUAUAUACAUGUCAGAAUACAUGCAUCGCAAAUUUACAAUGGAGAUGAGAUUUUCUCCAGUGGAAGACAGGAUCUUAUUUCAGCAGGCAUGAAGCAGAACACCAUGAAACAUCAAUAAUGUCCAGUGUUUCCUUUCGUGGUUUUACAAGAGUUUAUACCAUAAAAACAACAAUUAAAAGCAAUACAUUAAACCAAAUAGUAUUUUUGCAUUUUCUGCAUUUCAUUGUCAAUAUUGAUCAUACUUUGCUUUAGUGAAAUGAAUGUAUUUAUUGCAUGUCAAAAUGUUUUAUAGUUAAUUUUUCUGUAAAUUUCAAUUGUGUGUGUUUUUUUUAUUUUUAAUUAUGGUGUCUUAAUAAAAUCAUGUUGAUAAGGCUUUUAUUUUUUUAAAAGCCAAUGUGAAAAAAUGUCAUGUUCGUUUUGUUUGUUACUAUACUCAAAAUCAACUUGGCAAUAAAGUGAAUUGCAUAAUGGA